UGCAAGCGCAAAUCCCAUUCAAACAGGUGUGAGGAGCAGGAACGGUCCCAGGUGGCGCAUGUUGAUCGGAUACGUGGCCAUAUAGGAAGCUCAUUGUGAGCAUCUUUGCGCUUUUUUUUUUCUUAAAGGGUUGAGCAAGCAACCCGCAUCCUAAAAUAGUGUUGGCUGUUAGAAAGUAGGUCGAUAGGAACUGAGAGCGACGUUUGUUUCCACGCUUUUGUCUGUUUCUUUGUUGUUUAAGCGAGGACUGUGGGUUUCUCUUUCGCUGCCUCCCCUUGUGCGGAGCGUUUUACGCACAGGUGGGAGAUACCCGCUCAGCCUAGGACAGCCCCCCUCUCUCUGCUCCUCGGCGGAGGAUGUGAGGAAGUGACAUUUUUCACCGCUGCGGGUUCGGGACAGUACUGCCUCUCUCUUCAAACAGGUGUGCGGCUGUCCGGGUCACUUCUGCCGAGACACCGCGGGGGAGGGAGCGUCCCAAAACCAGAACCACAGCCUGCCUGGACGCGGGACAGCGGGGACCAGGGGAGGACGGGACGAGAGAACCAGCCCGCUCAAGUCUUUUUUUUUUUCUUUCUUUAUUAGCCCGGGCUGUUUUCAUCGGCUUCUGACACGCCGAGAGAGAGAGAGCGAGAGAGAGGGAGAGAGGGGGAGCGAUGGCAACGAAAAAGGCGUGCGUGGAUGCGCCCAAAAGGAGCCGGAGUCCGGUCGUGCUGGAGGCGGAGAUGUUCAGUGAAUUUCAGGACUGGUGUCUCCGGACUUAUGGAGACUCCGGGAAAACAAAGACGGUGACCCGGCGAAAAUAUAACAAAAUCAUGCAGACACUGUUGCAGAACGACGAGUCGGACGGCGUCUAUGUCGACAACAGCCACAUCAACGCCAAAUUCAAAUUUUGGGUGAAGUCUAAAGGAUUCCAGGUCGGCACCAACGUUCUGGGAGAGCACAACAAGAAAGGAGCUCCAGGGAAACCCGUCCUCUAUGUCCCGGUCAAGUCAACGUGUUCAGAUGGCAAUUCGACGCAGGACAACUCAUCUCUGAAGCGCGUAGCUGUGGUGGAAGACUUCUUUGACAUUAUCUAUGCCAUGCACGUGGAGAUGGGUGCAGAUCCCGGCAGAGCACCCAAACAUGCGGGCCAGAAGAAGACCUACAAAGCGAUAGCAGAGACCUACGCCUUCCUGCCCAGAGAGGCGGUGACUCGGUUCCUAAUGAGCUGUGGAGAGUGUCAGAAGAGGAUGCACAUUAACCCCAACACUGCGGAGUUCAAAGAAAACGACAGACCCACUUCUCUGGUCCCGGACCUCAUCGAUUACAACAUGCCUCUCACUGCCACCUACCUGAAACAGAUGAAACUACAGUGCAUGACUGCCCCUGAAAGGGAUGACAGUUCGGUGAGCAGCGAGGACAUGAACGCCGUCGAGCCCACGUGGGUUGCGGCCGAGCAGCCCGCAGUGCCUGAGCCCAGCCCGCCCAGCGGCGAGCGCGUGAGCAACCCGGCGGCCGCCGUCAAGGAGGAGGACGACGACGACUCCGCGGAGAGCGGCAGCGCCAACGGGCUGCCCGCCCUGACCCCCCCGGAUGCGCUGGCCGCGGGCGGGAACCCCCCGGACGGCGGGGCGUCUUUCGGGGAGGUGACGGAGAACGGGCUGAACGCGCCGCUGGACUUCAGCACCACCUCGUCCUCGUCGUCCUCGGAGGACCAGCAGCCGGUCAAUCUGAGCGACAGACUGCUGCCCGCCGGGAGCUCGCCGCCCAACCCCUACCCCGCAGACCCCAGCAGAAAAUACCCCGUCAAAACAGAGUACGCCAACAAGUCCCCUCCCUACAGCUCAGGAAGCUAUGACUCUGUGAAGACCGAACUGAGCAUGAGCGCAGAGGACCUGACCUCCGCCCGGGCACAGAUAAUCGACGACGACGACGACGAUCACGACGACCACGAUGACAGCGACAAGAUCAACGACGCGGAGGGGAUGGACCCCGAGAGACUGAAAGCCUUCAAUAUGUUUGUUCGUCUGUUCGUGGACGAGAAUCUGGACCGCAUGGUGCCCAUCUCCAAGCAGCCCAAGGAGAAGAUCCAGGCCAUCAUCGAGUCGUGCAGCCGUCAGUUCCCAGAGUUCCAGGAGCGCUCCCGCAAGCGCAUCCGCACCUACCUCAAAUCCUGCCGCCGCAUGAAGAAAGGCGGCUUCGAGAUACGACCAACACCUCCUCACCUCACCUCCGCCAUGGCCGAGAACAUCCUCGCCGCCGCCUGCGAGAGCGAAACCCGAAAUGCUGCCAAGAGGAUGCGGCUCGACGUCUACCAGGCGACGGAUGAACCCGCCUCUGUGGACAAACCCGGCUCCAGAGACCCGGCGUCCGUGGCUCCGACGGCGUUCUCCAUCUCCUCUGCGGCUUUCGCCCAAGACCAGCUCUACACCAACGGAGGCCUCAACUACAACCUGCGGGGAUAUGGGACGGUCGGCAGCAACCAGCAGAGCUCCGGUGCCGCGCAGACCAACGGUCCCACAGAUCUGAGUAUGAAGUCCAUCGGUCCAAACUCCACCUCCAGCUCCAACAGUCACGGUCAGGGGGGCGGCGGCGGCGGCGCCUCGGCCCAGCUCAGCCCUCCGGAGGUGACGGCGGUGAGGCAGCUGAUCGCCGGCUACCGGGAGUCGGCGGCCUUCCUGCUCCGCUCUGCCGACGAGCUGGAGAACCUGAUCCUGCAGCAGAACUGAGUCCGAGCCAAACCGUGCCAACACCCUCCCACCCUCCCAGGCCUGUCCAUCCGCGUCUCACACACACACACACAAACACACACACGCACACACAGACGAUCGCAUACAAAGAUACAAUUGUACACGAGUGAUUCUGCAAAGCACAGUGGGUCCUGUAGGUGUGGUACCUUUACUCAACCCCACAUGUUUAUGUGUUUGGACGGGCCGGAACAUAUCACAGCCUGAAAACGUUUAUUUAUGCAUUCGGUUCACUUUGACCUUAUAGUGCCCUGUUACCUGUAGCCAGUCAUCUCAUCCACAGUUCAUUUUACCACCUGAACCUCCAUUUGUCUCAGGAAGUGACGAUCUAUGUGAAGAA